CGGCAAGUAGAGAAAAAUAGUUAGCUAGGCUUGUCUUCUGAGAUAGUCGGGUGAGGGAGCGGUGCUACAUUAGAGGACAAAAAGAAGAAAUAUUUAAUAUUUGACUUUAUGUAUACAAAUCUAUAUAUGCUGUUCAAAUACUAUCAAAUAAAAAGUUAGAAAAAACGAAUUUCCUCCGCGCUCUAUUGCAUUAAAUGGAGGAGAAGAAGGAAGACGGGGACUCGGAGAUACAGGAACACGGACCAGAGCACUGGUUCUCAAAAUGGGAGCGGCAAUGUUUAGCCGAAGCCGAGCAGAUGGACCCCGGUGAGGAGGAGGCCGACAACGACCAGGAUAAACUAUGGCAUCUCUUCCAGAACUCCGCCACUGCCGUAGCCCAAUUAUACAAAGACAGGGUAUGCCACCAGCAGGGCCUGUCACUGUGGGUGCCAUUUCAGAAUGCUGCUACAGCAGUAACUAACCUUUACAAAGAGAGUGUGGAAGCCCAUCAGAGAAGUUGUGACCGAGGCAUCCAGAUAGGUCACCAGCGACGUAACAAGGAUAUGCUGGCUUGGGUGAAAAAGCGCAGAAGAACCAUCCGUAGGGAGGAUCUUAUCAGCUUUCUGUGUGGCAAAGCCCCACCACACAGAAGCAGCAGGACCAACUCUCGGCUGGCCAUGGUGGCCCCCAGCCGGGCUAAUUCCCCAGCUGAGACAGGCUCGUCUGUGGAGACGGACCUGCAGCCCUUCAGGGAGGCCAUAGCUCUGCAUGGUCUGAGUGGGGCCAUGGCGAGCAUCAGCGUGCGCUCCGGUGCUCCGGGCUCUCCAACACACGUCAGCGGGAGCAGCAGUAACACAGGGAGCGCGAGUGGAGGCAGUUCUUCUGGCUCUGGGCCGGUGUGCCGCAGCAGGCGUAAUGGGCUCCAAGACGUCGAUCUGAACACUUUCAUUACAGAAGAGAUGGCCAGACAUCUGGACUCUACCGGCUCUGCUACCGCCGGGGGAGGAGGAACCAGGAAACGUAACUCCACCCAGUGUAGUGACGUCAUUACAGACUCCCCUACGCACAAACGCAACAGGGUGAUCUGAUCUGUUGUCGGCCUGCCUGCCUGCGUGAGAAGGUUGGGAUGAAGUCUUCAAACCCAGGAUGGAUAUAGAGUUCCUAGCGUCUGGGCUGAAAAUGAAAGUGAGACCUGAAGCAUUUGUUCAUGAAUUGUGUUCCUUGUCUUCUUUCCCAACACUAAGUACAGAUCCACAAUCAGAGCAGUGUGUUUGUGUGUGUGAGAGAGAGAGAGCAUAACUAAGUGGGAAGUUUGGACUGCCUCACAGAUUCCUCAGACCAAGCUGCCCUGGAAAGGAGACAAAGAAGGAGGUCACUUACUAAUUCUGGGAUGUAGACAGUUCUCGAUGAGUGGAAAUACGCCGUGCUGUCCAACAAGCAAAAAGCCACUUAAUCUCCGACACGUGUGUGUUUGUGUGUGUACGUGCUCGCGCUUCCCUCCCCUCCCAGGCUGUCAUCCUCACCCAUCACCUUAAUAAGGAAGAGAGGGCCAUGAUCAAAUGUCGGACUCUGUGAAUUGAGUUGCUCGCCAAAAAAUGUUGGACCCAUGCUCGUCCAAGGCUCGCCUCCUGGUCAGACAACCUAUUUGUGUUUUCUGUUACUUCCUGUUGCCUGACAGUGGUGCAUCACAUUUGGGACAUUUGUGGCAUUGGUAGCCGGUUGCAUAUCUCUGUCUGUUAGGUGGAUGACAUCUAGCAGCUGGAUAUUAAUGUUUGGACAUUCAGACCAUGUUUUCAUCUUUCUGCCCUGCUUCAGUUGUGACUCGGUCUCCAGUCAUGUUUCUGUUUAACCACCAGUGUUAAGAUUAUAGGCUAAUUGCCACUCUUUGCAGCUGGAACAGCCAAGUUAAUUCUACACAAACUCUUUGCUCAGCUUUUUUUUUUUUUUAUGUUAGUUUGAUAAUGGAAAUUGUCUUGCGGUUUGUCCGACACACUUCUUUCUCUUUCCCUGCAUUUUAUCCUGAGAGCAGCUGCUCCUUUGUGUGUUUGGGUGACAAUUCUGAUGAGUUGCAGUAAUUAUUAAAUUUUUCGCACUUAGCCAUCUCCUCUAACUCAUGCAAGCAAAUCGGCUCUUCCAUCCCCCUCCCCCACAUAGUUGUUCUUUAACCCCAAGCAGGCCAGCUUGUGUUUAAGUGCUUUAAAAAAAAAAAAAAGAGUAAAACAUUUUAUUCCAGCCAAUGGCACGUUCGUGUGGCUAUCCCAGUGUGAGGAAAUUAUUUAAUUUAUUCUAAAUGUUGUAUUGGUGCACAUCAGGUGCUCUUAAGCUGGGCUUGUAUGUUGGAGCAUUUCAUGUCAACGGGAGUUUUGCAUAAAUAAAUCUAAUUGUCCGUCCCCCACCCCUUCAUAAUAAAUAAUAUUUCUGGGGCACGUUUCAUUCAUAAAAUGUUGGUUGUUUCUGUCCUUUCACGAUGGAUUACAGCAAACACUGAGGUCAAAUAAAUGAGUAUGUUUGACUAGUUGUGGUACAAUACAUGUGAACUGGUCUUAUGAAGGUUUUAAGUUAAUUAGAAGAUUGAAAGAAAAGACCCUGGUAGCCACACCUGUGAUCUGAUUAUCCCCAUAAAUAGAGAUGCACUAAUCAGUCUUUUUCUUAAAGUUUGUUUUCUUUAUUUCUAAUCAGCCGAUUUAGCUUUUUUUUUCCCUUUCUUUAAAGGACUAAAGCAAAAAUUAGAGUAAAAUGUGCUGCAUCUUUAAAUCUAGAAGAAAUGAAGUACUAGAACAUCCCCGUCUAUCCAUCAAAGCACAGAUCCCUAACCAUUAUCUUAUUUGUUUUUGUUAAACUCUUGAAAAAAUCUUGGAACGGUCCAUCGAGCGAAAAUUGGCUGGAAGUUUGGUGCAUCUCUAAUCGGAUCAUUCCAGGAAGCCUUUUGUUGGAAAAGAUGAACUGAACCAGGCGUAGCAUCCGUUCAUAAGUUAGUAGAAAGCUCUCUGGGAUUGAAAUGAUUUUCAUUUUGCUGACUUGAAAUGUCUCUCCUGCUUUCCUUCUGCCCCUCCUGUGAACUUGGUUCGCGCCAUUCAAUUUCUAUUUUUAUUUAUUUUUUUGUCCUUAAAGUUUUACUUAAAGCAUACACUGCUGUGCCAUUUUAGUCACUGAUUUCAUUGUGUUAAAUAUCGUCAUCUUUUAUAUUCGGCUGUUGGCUGAAGGAAAAACUGACUGAUUUGUCGAUUCUGUUAAAACGGGUGGAAAUGUAACAAACUUCCCAAAUUAUUUUGCGUGAAUUUAAUUUUUUUUUUUUUCAAAACAUUGCCAAUAAAAUUAAGUAUUGCUUGCUCAGGGCAGAUUGUAUGCAGAAAUCAAACAUUUCCCUGUGAUCUGCCCCAUUUUUCCAAACGUCCUACUACCCAAAUAUAGCAGUUCAGUCUGUCUUGAAUUUACAGAUUGUUCAAGGCAGAAAUACUGCACAGGAAUCUGAAGUAAUCCUGACCUGUCCACAUGCCCCUUGGUGAAAAUGUCUUCUUCAUGCUGAGCCUGCUGUUAAGUAUAUUAACACUUCCAUUUUGGUGUUGUUUGGAUGUCUGCCUUAAACAAACUUCAAUGUUUGGCUGUAAACCUUCUGUUCUUUUUAUGACAUGUUGGUGAUGUCUUAGCAGGUGGUGGGGAAAAAAAUUAAACCUGGUCAUUUGAGAUUGUUCUGCUCCCUAAAGUUUAACUACAUUACCCAGAAUUCAGGUUGUUUCUCCAAACUCCUGUUCGGGUUACCACUCACGGCCUGUUAGCUAGCUUUGGUUUGUUUCCAGUUCACAUUUUCUUUUGUUCCUUUCCUCAGUCGGUCAUGGUCUUCAUCACCUUCAUCCGACUGACUCCGUGCCACAUGAUGUCUUCAGAGCCAAAACUAUGAUCAGCUGUUUCUGGAUACUUAUUUGUCUAAAAUAGGAUAAAUGGCUAAUCUAUAUACUUAAGUAUUUGUUGGUAUGAUUAUAUGUGGUUCACUUUGCAAAAUAAAUAAAACAGUUCAGUUGAAA